AUGACUCUUUUAUCUCCGGCUGUCACGCCUAGCAUGAUCCUGAUGGAAAACCUUGGUGAUAUCAAGUCCGAACUGAUACCACACUUGUCAGCUGACCAAAGAUCAAAGCUUCCUCUACCCGACAUUUUGCCGGUGGUGAAGUGUAUAGCAAGAGCAAGGAUACCUACAACUCAAGGACCUGAAAUAUUUCUUCACCUAUACGAAAACAAUAUUGACCAAAAGGAACAUCUAGCUAUAGUAUUUGGCGAAGAUAUCAGAUCCAAGACCUUGUUCAGAUUUAGAGAAGAUGAGACUCAACAAGAUAGAAUGACUAGAGGUGCCUAUGUUGGAAAGUUGUAUCCUGGAAGAAAUACUGCUGACAAAGAUGACAGAUUGAAGUUGGAACUCAAAUUUGACAAUAAGGGUGAACUAAUCAGAGACCCCAGCACAACAUACAGCAAACCGACAAUGGUCCGUAUACACAGUGAGUGCUAUACGGGAGAAACUGCGUGGUCUGCUAGAUGUGACUGUGGAGAACAAUUUGAUGAAGCUGGGAGAAUCAUGGGGCAGCUUGGCCACGGUUGUAUAGUAUAUCUUCGGCAAGAGGGAAGAGGAAUUGGUUUGGGAGAGAAGUUAAAAGCAUAUAAUUUACAAGAUUUGGGUGCAGAUACAGUUCAAGCAAAUCUCAUGUUAAGGCAUCCAGCUGAUGGCCGUUCGUUUUCACUUGCAACUGCAAUUUUGGAAGACUUGGGGUUAUUGGAAAUUCAGUUAAUGACUAACAACCCCGACAAGAUUGCUGCAGUGGAAGGAAAAAAUCAAACCAUCAAGGUUAUUGAAAGAAUACCCAUGAUCCCAUUGGCGUGGAAAAGUGAUGAUGGUAUCAAAAGUAAAGAAAUCGAAGGCUACUUGAGUACAAAGAUUGAAAGAAUGGGUCACUUACUCGAGAAACCACUACAAAUAUCGGGAAGGUAG